AUGCAGAAGACAACCUACUACGACAACUCUUCCACGCUUUUCGGUGGCUACUCGUCCUACCAGGUGCAGGGGGCCGCGGCGGCGGCGGCGGCCGGCGGCGCCAACGGCUUCGGGGGCUAUGGCGCCCCGCUCCCCGUGUCCCACCACCAGCCUGCCUUCCAGUCGGCCCCCCACCUGGAUGUGGAGUCCUACCAGCGCUCGGCCUGCUCCCUGCAGGCGCUGGGCGCCGGCCACCAGCAGCAUCUGGCCAAGAGCAAGGAGCCCAACGGCAGCUGCAUGCAGCCCGGCCUGCCCCCCGAGCACCACCCGGCCCCCCAGGUGUCCCCCCCGCUGCCCCCAGCCCCCAGCACCGGCAGUACCGCCGCCCAGCAGCCGGGAGGCAGCAGCAGGCCCUCUGCAGCCCCCAAAGCAGACCCCAGUAAGGCCUCCACCACCUCCUCCUCUUCCUCCUCCUCCUCCUCCUCCUCCUCCCUGCCGCCCAACCCUGCGCUGGCCAAGCAGAUCUUCCCCUGGAUGAAGGAGUGUCGGCAGGCCACCAAGCAGAAAACCUGCUCCCCCAGCACCAACCCCGGCAGCACUGCCUCGGGGGGAGCUGAGAGUGGCAGCAGCGGGGAGAAGAGUCCGACCGGAGGGUCCACUGCCUCGUCCAAGCGUGCGCGCACCGCCUACACCAGCGCGCAGCUGGUGGAGCUGGAGAAGGAGUUCCACUUCAACCGCUACCUGUGCCGGCCCCGCCGCGUGGAGAUGGCCAACCUGCUCAACCUGUCCGAGCGCCAGAUCAAGAUCUGGUUCCAGAACAGGCGCAUGAAGUACAAGAAAGACCAGAAGUCCAAGGGCCUGAGCUCCAGCUCUGGGGGGCCGUCCCCGACGGGCUCCCCGCCCCUGCCCAUGCAGUCCUCUGCCAGCUUCCUGAACUCCAUGCACCCCAUGGGAGGGGCGGGGGGAGGAGGGGGCCCAGCCUAUGACACCCCCUCUCCUCCGUCCUUUGGAAAGAUCCACCAAGGAGUGUCUUACUCGAUGAGCACGGCCUAUUCCAACGUUUCCAUGAAAGGCUGCCCCCCCCAGAAAUACGGUGCCCCGGACCCAGAGUACGGCGACCCCCACCCUCACCACGGCCUGGUGCAGGCCAACAAUGCAGGUUAUGGCACUUCCACCACCAUGCAGAGCAGCCCGGUCUACGUGGGCAGCGGCAGCUAUGUGGAGCCCAUGUCCGGCUCCGGGCCCUCCAUGUACGGGCUCAACCACCUGGGCCCCGCGCCCCCCCUCCACCAGACCAUGGACUACAACGGGGCGGGGCCCAUGUCGGCCUCCAGCCAGCACCACGUCGGUGGAGGGGGCUCCCAGGUCCCCUGCGAACCCCCCCCACACCCCACCUACACCGAGCUGUCUGGAGCAGGUCUGGAGCAGGUCUGGAGCAGGCCUGGAGCAGGCCUGGAGCAGGUCUGGAGCAGGUCUGGAGCAGGUCUGGAUCAGGUCUGGAUCAGGUCUGGAGCAGGUCUGGAGCAGAGCGGCGCGGCUGAAGCCGUGAAGACGACACAAACAAGUAACACCACACGACUCACUAACAGACUAACUGGAAAGCGGGACUCCACCGCUCACGUGCGUCCACCCCAGACAGACAUGAGCCAUCCAGUGAUGCUGGUCGUUUUCUUUGCGGAGGCUAAAAAAGCCAAGAAAACGUCCCCAGUGCUGUUUGGCAGGACCGUGUCAGAAUGA